AUGAGCGUUCCGACUCACGUCUUUCACCAUGGCGCCAAGCCCAUCUCCUUGACCGAGUUUCGGCAUGCCCUCGACGCCGUAUGCUCGCCGCGCUUCCCAGCGGCUCGACAUGCACGGCCGCGCCGGGUUGCCCUCGCCAUCAGCGGCGGUGUGGAUUCCAUGGCCAUGGCUUUCCUCUUUUCCAACCUCAUCAGAACACAUCGGGACAUCAAAAUUGCCGACAACCCGACCGACGGCGUCUUUGGCAUCAUCAUAGAUCAUCAAUUGAGGCCAGACAGUACGCUGGAGGCUGCCGCUGUGGCUCAGGAGCUUAAGAAGUUAGGUCUCAAGGCAGUUACAAAGUCUCUUAGCUGGAAAAAUCCAAGUAGCCUCACAAACAUCGAAAGUGUCGCGCGGACGAAGCGAUACCGCAUGCUUGGCUCGACUUGCCGCUAUCUCAAUGCCACCAGUCUAUUCUUUGCCCACCAUCGGGACGACCAGUACGAAACCGUUCUGAUGCGCUACAUGAGUGGACAUCGGUACCGCGGGUACCAGGGGAUACGAGACGCCAAUGCCAUCCCGGAAUGCUACGACUUGCAUGGCGUGUACAAGAGCGGCUUACUGGAUGAUCAGUCGGCGCAAUAUCCGUAUUUGAGCUUCAAGCCUCCCAACAAGGAAAUGAGGCGCCUGAGGUGGAUGCUAAAGGACAACUCAGAAUGCGAGCCCCUGAAUCAUUUAAAGUACCGUCUUGGUGUUCAUGAUCUGUCAGCCCGCUUCCCGGGCCAUAUAAUACGCGAAGUCGACCCGCGUGUGCCCUACUUGACUCCGCUGAACUGCGAAGAUGGUGGCGUCAUGGUAUACCGACCGCUGCUGGAGUUCGAUAAAGAUAGGCUUGUUGCCACUUGCGAGGCCAACAAGAUCAAAUGGUUUGAAGACCCAACGAAUGCAGACCCAACUCUCACACCCAGAAACGCCAUCCGGCACAUGGAUCGUAGUCUACUCCGACCCGAACUCCGCAAGGAAGCAAUUCUCGACAUGUCGCGAGAAGCAAAGCGUCGUGCAAGGUUGGAAGAUGCUGAGGCGCGACGUUGGUUGAUGCGCGAGGCUGUCAUACAAGAUUUUGACCCCAACGCCGGCACGCUACUCGUUGAACUUGCGUGCUUCAAGUCGAAUACCGCACAUUGGCGGCGUCUUUCUGCCAAGCCAAGAGCUGGGGCUCGCAAGCCGCACCAGCGACUCAUAGCAGCUAUAGCUGUCCGCAAACUAGUCGAAUUUGUCACCCCAGACAUUAAUGUCCCUCCUCUGGCGAACUUGGACAAUGUCGUUGACCGACUCUUUCCAGAGCUUGCUUCUCAGCCAGAUCCAUCGCCACCAAGGGCAUUCACCAUCGCCGGAGUCGUCUUUGACCCCAUUGUGGGCCCGUCGCCAACCAAGUGGUUCCUAUCGCGAGCUCCCUUUUCAUCCAUGAAACCUCUACCAGAGCAAAAACUCCCCGGCCAUCUUAAUUAUCACAUCUCCCCCUUGGUCGGUCAACCAGGCGACCCAAAUUCUCGCCAUCGCCACUGGCGUACCUGGAAAGCCGCCAAGCUUUGGGAUGGACGGUACUGGAUCCGCGUGAGUGCCUGUGUUCCGGCAAGAUUCCACAUUCUACCUUUGCUACCGCACCACGCAAAACCAUUCCGGAAAGCACUACCACCGAAGCAACUUGCACGGUUAGAGCAGAUUCUCAAGUAUUACGCACCGGGCAAGAUUCGAUACUCUUUGCCCGCGCUAUACAUUUGGGAAUCCAUAUACCUGGCUUAG